CUGUCUUUUGUACCUAGCUGACAGAACUAACCUAUAAACCUGUGAAAAACAGAUUAAAAAACAUACUUGCUAAGAAUACAUUCUUUAAACUAGUGAGUGGCUUGGUUGGAUAGCUUCUGGUAGAGAUAUCUUUGUACAGAAGCAUUCCCAUGGAACCAAUAUUCUGUGCAUGUGUAUACUGUUCAAGUUAAGAAAGGGUAAAAGUGAAACAUGAUGGAAUCUUGAAGUAUCAUUUUUCCUCAGUGUUUUUUUAAGCAAGCUUCUCCCUCUCCCAACUUGGUUUUUGUUUAGGCUGUGACAAAAAUGGAAAACACAAUGGAAAAAAAUGUGAUGUAUAACACUUUGUACAAAUUGCACUACAUUAGUAUAAAUUAUUUCACAAUCAUAUAGUAGAGAUUGUGCUUGGAAAGUGAUAUUUUUUUCUAUUGAUAUCUCCAGAAUAAGACAUUUAGAAAAGCUAAACUCAGUUGAUUUUCCUUUAAAAAAAAAAAUCUAGUGAUGGUCCAAUGUUGAAUCUUUUUGUUAACUAAAAUAAUUGGGUUACAUUUUUUGGAUGAGAUAUAGUAAUAUUUUCAGCUUACUUCCCUUCCCCCCUCCCCCACCUUAAUAAUGUUAUCCUUGAGGUAUUCUGCUCUAUUCUUAAUGAUCUCUAAAUAUCAGGGGCCAUAUGGUUUAGAAAUAUACUUGAAAAUAUUAGGGUUUUGAUAUAUUAAUUUUAGAUUAUUUUUAAAAAAUAGCCUUUUUACCUUUGCAAUGACCCACAGUGCUUAUAAAAAGUUGCAGGUUUCUGUAGUUAAAUAUGGGAAAUUGUUUUACUUGUUUCCCUUGGAUCAGAACUCUACAGGUGCAGACGAAAGUAAGAAAUAGCUCUAACAUAUGGUAGGAAGAACUCUCUAACUCUCUCAUUUCUGUGUUCUAAUUGGAUCUAAAAUAUCAAAACAGCUGAACUACUAAGUGAAUCCUUAUACUUAAGGGAAUAGCUUUGUUGUUCUUGAAGGAUUUUUCAAAUCUAAAAUUUUGUGAUUCUGGACAGGAGAGUAAGAGAAGAAAGGGAAGUCAAAUUAAGAAGCUGGUAGAAUUGCAGACUUUUAUUUAGACAUAGCUUAAAGUUUGGAGAAUUAAAAUAUGGAUAAAGUAUUGGCUGCAAUACACCUAAAUAUCAUGUUCUAACACUGUGGCUUUAAUGAGAAGGCAUUGGGGCAUUUUAUACUGAAUGGCUUACAAACAAUUACAUAGACUUCUUACACCUUUAUCUUUAUUAUUCUCCAUUGCAUUUAUGAGAAUAUUUCUUUAUACCCAGAAAUUUGAAUUUAUCUUUUACAAAAGUGGUUUAGAAUUUUAUAUUAGGAUUGUUAAUUCUUUGAAACAAAUCAUUUCCUGAAGUCAUAUUUUUAAUAUUGCAUAUUGCUUUGAAGAUAAUUUUAAAAUAAAGGACAAAGGGUUAUUUCAGGUUGAAAUUUCUUUUCUAAAGUACCUAUCUUGACAGCAUUCCAAAAGUACUCAGCCGUUCCACCUUUCAUUUCCUAUACUGGCAGUUUCCAAGCAACCCGACCCUGCAAACAAAGCUGCUGGAUACAGUAUUUACUUUACUACUGUUACCUGGGAAUCCAAUCUUGUUUCUAUUGCUUUCCCCCCUCUCUCACUUAGAUACAACCAACAUCUCUGAUUAUAGAUUUGUUUUUUAGUUUAGAAAGUCAAGUUCAUGCUUUUCAGCCUGUGGUUGGAAGCGUAAGGAGAAUGAGUGGUCAGGAACUGGUCACUUUGAAUGUGGGAGGAAAGACAUUCACAACACGGCUUUCUACCAUACGACAGUUCCCCAUGUCUCGGCUGGCACGAAUAUUAGAUGGUCGGGACCAAGAAUUCAAGUUGGUAAACGGCCAAAUUUUUGUGGACAGAGAUGGUUUGCUGUUCAGUUAUAUCCUGGAUUUCUUGAGAACUCGAUUGCUUUCCUUACCCACUGACUUUUCAGAUUACCCAAGGCUCCGAAGGGAGGCUAAUUUCUAUGAACUUGAUCCUCUGGUUGAGCUUCUUGACCAAGAACUGCUAAAGCCUAAGCCAGAAAUUUUAGAGGUACGUUUUACAUGUCAGGACACUCGAGCCUUUUUCCGGGUCUUUGGCUCCUGUAGCAGCACAGUUGAGAUGUUAACUGGAAGGAUUACAGUGUUUAUAGAACAGUCCUCUACCCAGAGCUGGAGCAGUAGCUCUUUCCCUACUCAGACGACUUUACUUCCAGUCCCACCACAAAGACCUUCAUACCACGAUCUGGUUUUCCAGUGUGGCUCUGAUAAUUCUACUAGUAACCAGGGCGAAGCCAGGUAUGUUUCUAUAAAGCCUGACAACCGAAAGCUGGCCAAUGGAACUAAUGUACUAGGACUACUUGUGGAUACUUUGCUAAAAGAGGGCUUCCACCUGGUGAGCACUAGGACUGUGUCCUCUGAAGAUAAUGUUGAAUGCUACAGCUUUGAAAGGAUGAAUAGGCCUGAAGAGUUUACCACAAGUGAAAGAGUGACAUCAGAGCUCACCACUGCAGCCCAGCUGUUGCCAAUACAGCCUCAGAAAAAGAAAUGAAGUGCCUCAUCCUCAGAUUAAAAGGAGACAAUUCCUUUUAAACGAACAACGUUUCAAAGGAGGAAAAAAUAUGUGCAUGUAACAUAUAGACACACACACAUAUUUUGGAAGGGGUGCGAGAAUUUCAUGUUUUGGGUGGAGUGUGCUGAUGUGUUAAAUUCUGAAAUAAAAAUGCUACAUUUCUCCUGCAAUCAUUCCACAAGCAGUGAGAGCUGCCUUUGAGCAAGGAUGUGCAGAACAAAGUAUAUUACACUGCUUUAGGAAUCAGAAAUUGAAUAUAUGGAAGGACAAUGAGGUGGGCAGGGGUGGCAGUUACAGUGUUUGUUUUUUUUCUGUUUGGUGUGAGCAUUGUUUUAAAAAUUUGGGUUUUUUUUUGGUUUUUUUUCCACUUUUUCUUCUAAAAAAAUACUGCAGCAAAACCUGGAAUAUUUUUUCAGCUAGAUCUUUAAAGGAUCUUGGAGAUCUAUUUCUGAAAACACUACAAACCCUUCUUUAGAGAUUCUUAAAUACAUAAAAAGGAAAGAUAUUAAUAUGCUCUACAGACAUCAUAGUCAUUAUAAAUCAGUGGGAUGGAUAACAAAACUAGUAUUUCUCUUUUGCCCACUUAAUUUUAUCAGUAGGCUGAUAGUAUUGAGAAAUAGUGAAGAAAGAAGAAGGAAAGGAGUGCUAAAAAUAUGAACAUCACAUUCUACAAAUUAACUAGUAGUUUCCUGAACCCCUUCCCCCCAGGAUUGAGGAUUGGGGAAUUUUUGUUUUCCCUUCAGUCUUAGAGAGUUGAGAGGGCACUAACCAUUUCAUUAUCUCUGCAUUUGUCUUAGAGGAGAUCUUGAAUCAGACCUUUCUCUUUGACGUCUGGAAGACUAGGAAGAUUUUUCUAGAAGUUUCAAUUAAUUACAACAAAAGUGGUCAAACGAGAGUUUGGAAAAGGUGUCUUGGGCAUUUAGUUCUAUCAUUUUCAAGGUACUUUCUCUGCAAGUAGCAGCCUUUACAGUCAUCCUCAGUUUUUUACAUAUAUGUGUCCAUGAAUUUUCUUAUAAAUGUGUAUCUGGCUUCCCUUCGUAAGUGGAGUAAGUUUUAAGGCUAAUUCCCCCAUAUGAAAUAAUCAUCUAACUUAAGAUUUCCCACUUUGGUGAAUAAUGAUUUGCAUACUUGCCUUUGAUAGAAUGACAAAUGUAUAAUUUUGUACACUCAAUAAAUUCCAUUUUUGUUUUCAAAGAA